AUGAGAGAACAGGCAACUGUGCCAGCUUUAGCAGGUGGUUCCAGGCAUACCCUGAAUCCAGAGCAUUUGGCUGAAACAAGGUGCCUCAGAGGAGGCUCGGGUUCUGCAAAGCAGGCAGGAAACUGCCAAGAUGAUGACACACAAGUGAACAAACUCAAGCCAUCUUCAAGGGGUCUUGUGGCUGCUUCCACUUCAUUGACUGGUAUUGCUGAACCAAUGCAAAAUUGGUCAGGUGUGGAGUCCCAGGAGAACUUUUUGGUCAAUGAGUAUGCCAGGGGAGCAGACAUCAUGGGAUCUGCACCUCCAUCUAUCCAGCCCACCGCCACCAUUCUAGAGAAGCCAAAGUUGAAAACAGAAGGCAUGGUAGUGACAGCUGCCCUGCGAUUGGCUAGAAAAAGAAGUAUAGUCAACCUGAUGCGAGGGGACUGCAAUGAAUUUUUCCCUGCUGGAGAAGACCUAGUCAAGCUUGAUACAAGCGAGCCGGAAGAUGAGGAGUUGAUCGUAUACACCCGGUGCAAGCGACAGGAGCGACAUCGUGGUCACAAUAAGCACAAGUGUCCAGACAAAGUUGAUGACGCUGACGUGAAGGUGUCCGAGUUGUCUGAGGACGAAAACGCCCCUGACAUGAAACCCAACGUUCCUGAAGAAAAAAAGUCGAACCCGGCUGCGCGGGACCGGCGGAUGUCUGGGUUUCUUAUUGCAGGCUCCUCUGAUGCCCCUCUCCAUCAGUCACCACUCGGGCAUCAUUGGGGAAGCACAUCCCGGGAGAUGUGA